AUGGAUGACCAAUUCACUCCCGACAACUGGAUCCCCCGAUCUUCCCACUUCAUCCGCCUAACAGGUAAACAUCCGCUCAACGGCAAGCCAGAAUUGCAAGCCCUCUUUGGAGCGGGUCUCAUCACCCCGAAUUCACUACACUAUGUUCGCAACCAUGGCCCUGUGCCCCAUCCACUGUGGGAAACCCACCAAUUUGACGUAGAGGGCGGAAACCUGGUCUUAUCGACGGAAGAUCUCGCAAGCAACUACAACUACGAGAUUAUCAACAUUGCAGUAGCAAUGGCGUGCGAUGGCAGCCGGAGGAAAGAGCUAAAUAUGAUACAACGCUCGAAAGGUUUCAAUUGGGGCGCUGGAGCCAUUAGCUGCGCGUUUUGGAAAGGCCCUCUCCUACGGGAUGUACUUCUAGCGGUUGGCAUUCAGGCCCUUGAUCCACUCCACGAAAAGCGUCCGCGUUGGGUCCAUUUAGAAAGCGUUGAUGACCUCAGAGAGGGCAAGUACGCGACAUCAAUUCCGUUAGCAUAUGUGAUGGAUUCUGAAAACGACGUGAUUUUGGCAUACGAAAUGAACAAUAUGCGACUGCCACCAGACCACGGUUAUCCAAGCCUCACCUCAAUCAUCGUGCAUGGUGCGGCAAAGAUUGACGACAACGACGAUAGCUGCUCGGUGCUGUACUUCCGACAUCCCUGCGAGCCUGGCACAGGGACUGGGGGCUGGAUGCAGCCCUCCUCGGCUGAGAACCGCAUCGAGAAUAUCAAGCACGAGGCAGCAUCCCCGCAAAAGCAAUUUACGCGUGAGGAGAUUGAAAGGCACAAAAAAGAAAAUGACUGCUGGGUUGUCAUCAAUGGCAAAGUCUACGAUGCGACAAGUGUGCUUGAUUGGCAUCCCGGCGGCAAGGCACCUAUCAUGGUGCAUUCGGAAUGCGUCCUUAGUGUUGUUACAGAAAAGACGAUUAGGUAUAUCAAGAAGCAGGCCGAAGAUGAGGUCAAAGAUAAAUUCAACUCCCCAAAGAAGAGCUUGGAGACUGUCUUUGACCGCCAUUGGUGGAAUGUUUCUUUGAGAGAAGAAGAUGGCACAUUUGACCUUUUCAUCAAGACAUACGCCCCGGGUCAAUCCCAGCCAAGCGGAACGAUAAGCGAUAUCCUGGACUGUCUACAUCCUAGUGAGGAAAUCGAAGUCAAAGGGCCUUCCGGUAAGGUCAGGUACAUCGGCCAAGAGAGAUUCAUGAUCGACGACAAAGAAUAUCAUUUCCCCAAUGCCAGUCUUGUCUUGGGAGGAUCCGGUAUCACCCCGGUGUACCAGCUCAUCUCACGUAUCACCGAAGGCGAUAUUCUAUUGAGGAAUGAUUUGGAUAAACUUGCAAAGAAUGAUCCGGGUCGAUGCAAGAUCACUCAUGUUCUUUCAAAUCCAAAUAAUAACUGGACAGGAGAGAAGUGCCAUGUGUCGAAGGACAUUCUGCAGAAGUAUGCAUUUGAACCUGAGAAAGGGAAUCUGGCGCUGCUUUGUGGUCCUCCGACUAUGUUUCAGAAGGCUGUGCUUCCAGUGCUUCGGGAGAUUGGAUACAAAGAGGACGAGAACUUGUUGGGAUUUUAA